GACAAUUGCAAUAUCGUUUUUAUCAAUCAUCAGCAAUUAGGGAGUGGUGAAGUGGUAAUGUUUGGCCCUCUGACCUUCCCUCAGGCCCAGGGCCAAAACACUGAAACCAAAUGUUUCUUAUGCGAGGACAGUUUCAAUUUAAGACUGCGCCUGGAUAUUUUCGUUCUCCACACCUUCGAUGUGCACCAGUGUGUUAUUGAUGAUGUGCAAAAUAUAAAAAAUCUGCCCCAAUACGUUCUCUAUUGGCGAAACCGAUUUAAAGAGCGCCCUAUUGAGCAAAUCAUUCCGACGGUGCGAAAUGAGGGUGCUCAACAGCACUAUUUCUUCCUCAGUACGCUGCUCAAGGAAGACAAACUGCUCAGACACCGACUUACAUUGGACUACGUCCUCAAAGUACAAGAGUUUGAAAGAACAAACUUGAACUAUAAAAGGAGCUGUUUGUUCUGCAAGUAUCAGCAUGAAGGUUCCAGGCAGGAGUACCUGGAACAUAUCUUCAAAGAGCACAAUUUACAUCUGGGGAAUCACUACAACUUAGUGUUUAUUGAUGAACUAAUUGAACAUGUGGACUCCCAAUUGCAAGCUUUACGAUGUCUGUUUUGCAAGGGCGUGUUUCCGGAGCGGGCAGUGCUCAAGGAGCACAUGCGGAAGAAAAUGCACAAGCAAAUCAGCCCUGAGGAUGUGGAAUAUGAUAAGUUCUACAUAAUAAACUAUUUGGAAGUUGAUAAGAGCUGGAGAGUCCUGCAGCAUGAAACCGACAAUUACGCUUUGGAGGUCGACUAUGAGGAGAACUGCGAUCAGGAGUAUUCGGAUUGGACCGAAGCUUCUGGCCAGAUCACCUGCCUUUAUUGCGCGCACUGUGAAACUGAUAUGGGCGCCAUUUUCGACCACAUAAAAACGCAACAUAACUUUGAUUUUGCUCGAGCCACCAAAGAGUUGGACUUUUAUCAGAAAAUCAAGCUGAUCAACUACACCAGGCGAAUGAUUUAUAGGAAGACGUGCCCGUAUUGUACGGAAGAGUUGGGCGAUUCUGCAAAGCUCCAAGCACACUUAGCACAGGAGGGCCAUUGUAAAGUGCCCUCAGACCAGGUUUUCGAUCAAGCAGAAUAUUACUUUUCCACCUAUGAAAACGACACGUUUUUGUAUCUAAUCGAUGAUAUUGACGAUUGAAAGCUGGCACUAAUAUCUGUUUUACCUGAAGCGUUAUAGGAAUAUAAAGCGGCUUAGUCGCAAACGCAA